GACGUAGCUUCUGAGUUUGUUUACAUACAGCAGGUAAACUCCUCUCUUUAACCAGGAGGUCCUACUCUCCUCAGCUAGGCCACAGCAUGAAUGACGAUACCGGUGUGGAUCUGAGCUUUGGCUUGGAGGAUGUUCCUGUUUUAUCUAAAUCUCUGACAUCGCCGGCGUUUAAGUACUCCUCAGAUAACAUUCAGGGACCAGGAUGCUCCAUUGACCCGGCUGAAGUAACCCUUCCAGGAUGCUACUGUCACUCCCCUUCCUGCCACGCUGAGAGCUGCUGCUGCCUCCAGACAUACGGUCAGGCCUAUGAGAGCAAUGGCAGGCUGCUGCACCUCAACAGAACUGAUUCCGGUUACUCUUCCCCGGUCUUUGAAUGCAACGCCCUCUGUACCUGCGGCGACUCCUGCUCUAAUCGUGUGGUGCAGAGGGGGCUUCAACUCAGGCUGGAGGUCUUCCACACCGAGAGCAAAGGUUGCGGAGUUAGAACAUUGGAGGAAAUCCCACGCGGGACAUUUGUGUGCGAGUACGCGGGGGAGGUGAUCGGUUUGGCAGAGGCCAAACGGAGACAGCUCAACCAGAGAGCUGAUGAGAACAAUUACAUCAUCGCCGUCAGGGAGCACGCAGGAACAGACUCAAUUGCUGAGACAUUUGUGGACCCCACUCUGGUGGGAAACGUGGGCCGCUUUCUUAACCACUCCUGUGCACCAAACCUGUUCAUGCUGCCGGUGCGUGUUCACUCUGUGAUCCCACGGCUGGCGCUGUUCGCAGCACGGGACAUUAAUGCCCAGGAGGAACUGACGUUCGACUACUCGGGAAGAUUCGGCACCCAACAUUCUUCAGAGGGACUCUCAACAGACGGACUUCAGAGGAAACUGUGCUACUGUGGUACCAUGAACUGCACACGCCUCCUUCCGCUCGAUUUAUCUAUUCUCAGCUGAAAUCAGCUUGUCUUUAAUGUAACCGUGAAACUCAUAAUGGACCAAGGGAUGUGUUGGUGCUUUAUGAGUUUCCCUGAACCCUCGGUCAGUUCAACGGCUCAUUAAGAUGAGACUGUGGAACACAUCGGCAGUUUCAUGAGCAGAAUGAGUUGGAUGAGUCAUGACUGUGCACGUCAUUGUUUCCUGUUUGGUUCCCUGCGCAUCUCCUGAUUUUCCCCCCCUGUCUUAAUGCUGCCUCCCACUCACUGUCAAAAGAUGCAGUAGAUUACAAGAAUUAAAAGACUUAAUUUAUCUAUG